UGUUUUGUGUAGAAAAACUCGUAAUUUGUUAUGGAUUCUAAAGUUUAGAUUAAAAAUUAAGGUUCAUUUUGUGAAUGGUAAUAUUAUUGCCAAUUUGUCACUUAUACACAUGUUGGCAAUUUGUCGUUUAUUCACUUGUUGACAUUUUGUCGUUUAUGCAUUUAUUGGCACUUUGUCGUUUUUGCCUUAUUGGCAAUCUAUCGCUUAUGCCUUUAUUGGCAAUUUGUCGUUAACCGGCCCAUUCUGUUUUUUGUUAAGCUUUGAUUAAAUAAUUUUUUGCAGGUUUAAAUUAUGUAUUUUUUUUAUUUUUUAGAAUAAUUCCAGCCAUAAAAAUGAGUGGUUUCUCAGAAUUUACAAUGCGUGAAAGACUUACGAAGUUAACAAACACAACACAUUCAAUACAAACAUUAUCAAUGUGGAUAUUACAUCAUCAAAAGAAGAAUGCUGAUGCUAUUUUGGAUACUUGGUUAAAGGAAGUUCGAAGUAUUACAGACAGUGAACGUCUUUUAAGUUUAAUGAAUUUGGCUAAUGAUGUUAUUCAAAAUGCUAGAAAAAAAGCCCCAGCUUUUAUGAACGCUUUUUACGAAGUUCUUCAACCUGCUGUUAGUCAUAUUUCAAAAAAUGCCGAUCAAUACCACAGACAAUUGCUAGAAAGAAUUUUGUCUGUUUGGAGAGAAAGGGGAAUUUAUUCAACAGAAAAUUUGGAUUUACUCGUUAAUUGCCUUCAAGAAACGUCCAUUUCAACUCCAAAUCUUAUUUCUGAUCCAGAAAGUCCAAUUCGGACGGAUUCUCCUUUGUUACCUUCAGGCUCUCCAGGAAGUUCUUUGGACAAUUCUAAGAAAAUCAAAGAAGAGUUUCAUGCAUUUUCUAGCCUCAGUACAAAUAUGAUUAACCUCCUUAGACGUUUAGAAGACCCCGCAUCGGCAGACGUAAAAAUUAGACAAAUAAUUGCUGCAUAUCCUGAAGCUAUAGCUAACCCUCUCCUUCUUAAAGAAAUCAAAACUUCAGAGGGAGUAGCUGCUUUGAUGGCUAAAACUGUGGAGGCUGUGCCGGUUGUCGAUGCAUAUUGCACUAGAUUACAAGACGAACUUAAAGAACGUCAAAAUCUUCAAUAUCUUAUGGCAGAUUAUAUAAAGGCUUUAGACCAAGCAAAUGAACGAAAUAAAGCACUACUUGAUUCUGUUAAAAAGGGAAUUUCAAGGUUGGAUGCUGAGAAAAAAGAAUUGGCAAAGCACAUUGAUUCUUUGCCAGGUUAGUUUAUUUUUUUAAACUUUUUGGGCAUAAUGCUUCCUUAAUUUUCUACCGAUUUGAACAAUUCUCUUGCCGUUUUUUGAAAUGUUUCGAUAUGGGGAUGAUUUUUUUAAAAUUGGGCCGAUCUUGCUCGAAUCAGAGCCCAUGAAAGUUUCGUUUCGAGAUUGCCUUGAAGA